CAAUAUGUGGCUGUAAGGGACUGAUUACGCAACCAAAAUGAGUAAGCAUCUACUCAAGAACAUUCAUGGGGGCUUCACGGUGUGAAAUCACUGACGAGAUGUUCAGGAAUUUCCACACUAUUGAUAGAAAAGUGUACUCGAUCCUAGUUUUUGAGCUUGGGCACGACCCCUUUGAAUCUGUACAAACAAUAGCCUUGUGGAUUUGGCUGGAAAGAACCGGGUUCAACAACGUCGUGCAAAAGGUGCUAUCAUUACCCAGAAACCUGAUCAAAGAACUUGCUGUCGAAGCCAUGGCUUGCCUCAAGUACAUCAACAAAGAUGCCACAUUGCAAUGCUGUGAGAUCUCCCUGACUCAACAGACUGUCGGAGAACGGUUUUCCCCCAAAUUUUUACUGGACAACAGGGUGGAGGCGUCCCGUGGGGUCCAGGAGGUGGUGGCUGAAGUUUGUGUGAAGGCAUUGGAAGAUCUGAUGGUGGUGCCGCCUCCGCGAGAGGGGAGGACAAUGUUUGCCACCUUUUCAAAGGGGUAUCCGGUGUCCGAGCAGGAAAUCAGAGGGUUCUUUACUGAGGUGUUGGGAGACUGCAUCGAGUCGGUCCACAUGCAGGCGGUGAAGCCACCUCAGGCGCAUCAGCCUCUCUAUGCCCGCAUCAUCUUCUUCAACCCUGCCGCCAUUGACUUCAUCCUCAACGGCAACCACAUGGCCAAGUUCACCAUCAAUGUGACCAAUCUGAGGUUUCAGUUUGUUGGAACAAAUGUCAAUGAGUUGUAUCCAACACUUGAUGACUUGUAGAUGAACUCUUACAAAAGUGAUCAAAGGGUUUGGUUGUGUUGACCAUUUGCACAUUUUGAGUAGAUAGAAAGAAUGGGGAUUAUAAGGUACUCUAAUUUAUAUUUAACCAAUACCCCCUCCGGAGUAAUUAUAACCUUUGUGAUAUAUUAAAAAUUGAAUGAAUAUAUAUACAUUAUGACUAUUUGUUUAACUUUUGAUUAUCACGAAAAUCAUAAUUUUUCUUAGUAAGUUUUCUUGAAAUGGGUAUAUUGAGUUGGAUUGGAAGAUGGGAUCUUAGUGAUUCGAUUCAUUUUCAUUGAAUAAGCUGACGUUAUGUAA